AGCGCUGAACUGCUCAGACUUAGAGGAUUUGGAGUGAACAUGUGCAGAGAGCUGUGACUUGAAAAGCACUAAUCCUUUACUUAUCCAGGUCGUCGCCAUAAUCAGUAAGGAAGCAGGCAAGCUCCGCAGGCAGGGGAGAAGGAAGCAGAAUCUCUGCGGCAGAAAGAACUGGCACACAGUACCAAAGGGGCAAGCAUGGCAGAGUCUGCGGGUCAGCCACACGUUGAAGCAGAAACAAACCUGAAUGAUAAGGAACCCAAAUCACCUGUAGGGGAAACAGACCCCACUGCCCACAUAGAAAAGAACCCUAAGACAGAAGAAGAAGAUGGGAAGCCUGGUCUUGUCAAUGAAGGCCAGGGGUCUGGGGGAAUGAAUGGUAAAGCAGAGAAAGAUCCAGAUGUAACAACUGACAGUUCACAGGAACCUCCAGGGAAUCAAGGAGAAAAGCAAGUGGCAGAAGGUGAACCUCCUAAGCCUCAAACUGAAAAAGAACCUCCAGGGGGGCAAGAAGCAAUGCAAGAGGCUGAGGGGAGACCUUGUCAGCCUCCAACAGAAAAUGAACCUGCUGGUGAUGAGCCCCAGCAGACGGAAUUGGGAGACAAUACUAAGGAAGGGAGUGAGGGAGAUGUUCCACAAGAACAAACAAAGGGAGAUGAUGCUGAUAAAGAAGAAGAGGGAAAGGAGGAAGGAACAGAAAUUGAGAAUGAAAGUAUUAGCAGUGAAAGCUCUGAAGAGUCCUCCAGCAGUGAUGAGGAAGAGGAGAAAGAACAAUAUGAAGUAAACAGGGAAGAGGAGAAUGUGCAAGAUGUAGUAGCUGGGGAAGAGGGGAAUGUACAAGAUUUAGUAGCUGGGGAAAAGGGGAAUGUGCAAGAUGUAGUAGCUGGGGAAGAGGGGAAUGUGCAAGAUGUAGUAGCUGGGGAAGAGGGGAAUGUGCAAGAUGUAGUAGCUGGGGAAGAGGGGAAUGUACAAGAUUUAGUAGCUGGGGAAGAGGGGAAUGUACAAGAUUUAGUAGCUGGGGAAGAGGGGAAUGUGCAAGAUCUAGUAGCUGGGGAAGAGGGGAAUGUGCAAGAUCUAGUAGCUGGGGAAGAGGAAAAGGUACAAGAUGUAGAAACUGGGAAAGAGGGGAAAGAGCAAGAUGGAGGAGUGGGGGAAGAGGAAAAGGUACAAGAUGUAGCAACUGGGAAAGAGCUAGAUGGAGGAGUUGGGGAAGAGGAAAAGGUACAAGAUGUAGCAACCGGGAAAGAGGGGAAAGAGCAAAAUGGAGGAGUUGGGGAAAAGCAGACGGAGCAAGAUGUAGUAUCUAAGGAAACAGGGGAGGACCAAAAAGAAACCAAAAUAGAGGGAUAUUUAGCAUCUGAGGAGCAAGGAGCUGAGGGGGGCACAGAGGAAAAACAGCAAGCAGCUGAGGAUAAGGAGGAGGAAAGUGAAAGCGAAGAAGAAGAAGAAAGAGAAGAAGAAGAAGAAGCUGAAGGGCAAUCAGGAGAGGUUGAAGAUAACAAGGAUGUAGAGGAAGCAGUGGGAGAGGGACACAUUGACCAGGUGGAAAACAAUGAUGGACGUACAGAGGGUGAAGUUGAGGGGGAGGAAACAGAUAUAGGGCAAGACACAAAAAAGCAGGGCAAAGAAAGUGAACAGGGAGAUGCAGUAAAGAAGUUGGUAGAACCUUCCGGUGCAGGAGAAGAUGUGCCGGAUGCACCACAGGUGGACAAUGUAAAAAUAAAGGAACCCUCAUCAGAAAAUGGAAAAAACACAAAUAUCCCAUCUCAGAUAGACUUGGUAGUAGAACCAUGUGCUGUUCCGGAACAGUCCCCUGAAGAUGGUAGGACAGAGGAGAGUCCAUCAAAGGAGGAAGGGCACACAGCAGAGGAGAGUCUGGAUGCAGAGCCUGGCUCUGGGGGUGAAACAGAAAUCAAAGAAAAUGGCAUGAACCCCACCAGUAGCCCUGAGACACCAUUACAGACCCCUGAAGCCCCCCAGGAACAUGACAUAUCACUCUUUGUCAAGGCUGGCAGCGACGGCGAAAGUAUCGGAAACUGCCCGUUCUCCCAGCGUUUAUUUAUGAUCCUUUGGCUGAAGGGUGUGGUGUUUAAUGUCACCACCGUGGAUCUCAAGAGGAAACCAGCAGACUUACAGAACUUGGCUCCUGGGACAAAUCCACCUUUCAUGACAUUUGAUGGAGAAGUCAAAACCGAUGUGAAUAAAAUUGAAGAGUUUUUGGAAGAAAGACUGACAAUGCCGAGAUACCCCAAACUUGCACCAAAGCACCCCGAAUCCAGCUCAGCAGGGAAUGAUGUGUUUGCAAAAUUCUCGGCCUACAUUAAGAACCCUAGAAAAGAUCUGAAUGCCGCUUUAGAGAAAGGCUUCCUAAGGUCCUUGAGAAAACUGGAUGACUUUUUGAACACACCACUGCCGGAUGAGAUUGAUGCCUACAGCACAGAGGACAUCACCAUCUCUGAUAGGAAGUUCCUGGAUGGGAAUGAACUGACAUUAGCAGAUUGCAACCUUUUACCCAAACUCCAGAUUAUUAAGGUUGUAGCCAAAAAGUACAGGAACUUUGAGAUCCCGACUGACAUGACGGGCAUUUGGAGAUACCUGAACAGCGCUUUCGCCCGAGAUGAGUUCACCAACACGUGCCCGGCCGAUUCUGAGAUCGAAUAUGCCUAUUUUAGAGUUGCCAAAAAAAUUCAGUGAGAAUGAAAAGGACACGGGGCCCAUGUUUUAGAACCGCCUGUUUGCAGCAAACAUGUAACCCCUUCUAUCAUGGUAACAACAUGGGCCAAUACUCAUACCAUUUACCAGAUGUAGCAGAAAGUGAAUCAAUCACAUUGAUGUUUGUUUGUCUGAUGGAAAUGUAUAACCUUGCAACAGAUUAUGUUCAUUUAUGGGAUAUGGGAUCUAUUAUCCAGAAUUGCCUGGCCCUGGGGUUCUCCAGAAAAGAGAUCAUUUUGUAAUGUGAAACGCCAUACCUUAAGACUACUCAAACAUAUUAGCAAAUGUUGUUUAAAUAGGACAGGUAAUGGCAUUGGUGAAUUUUGAAACUUUCCUGGAUACUGGGUUUCUGGAAAAUUGAUCCCACACCUGUUCAUUUGAGGAACAAGAUUUUACUGCUCUGAAAAGAUGGAAUCCUGACAAGUCCAAUGUUCUUCUUGUUUGCCAAAAAAGCAUUGUUCCAUAUUGUAUAGCAUACCUUGCUGAGGAUACUUUAGGUCAGGGCUAGAUAUAAGCUUCAGAGAAUCCUUGUCAGCCAAACAUGUCCUUAGCAGAAUUGUCAACCAACAAUGAACUGAGCCCCUAUUCUCUAAAUUCAACCUUGGUAAGUGUUAACAAAGGAGCUACUGUUGCUGUGGAACUGGCCCCUCUCUGUAGGUUUAGCCUGAAGGCCAAUUAUGUAAGCAUUGGGGAGAAUAUUUGCUCUUCUAGAUACCCUUGAUAGCCCACCUUGAAUGUCAGGAUGAGAUACCUGAAGCUGAAUGUCUUGUGCACUAAUAUUUUCCUACAGCUGUCCUCAGGUCAUGAUCUAAGGGAGGUACCUUGAAGGGGUACCUUGGCCAAAGGUUGAACCUUCAAGUGGGACUUGACCUAAAAGAGUUUGACAGCCACUGGUCUAAAAGGUUAUUGAGAAUUUUUUCUAUGAUGCAAUACACCAUGAAAAUAUCCAAAAGUUGACUCCUGGCAUCCCCCUGUUGAGGAUCACCAAGUCAGUAAGACCUGGGAUUCUGAAAAGGAAGAAACUUCUUUCUGUAACCUUGGAGAUAGGGAAAAGAACCAACCUUGGUCUCUUCUUGGCUUGGGGUAUCUAAGGCAGAUUAAGCUGAAGUAGCAGAACCUCCCCUUCAUCCUCAAGAGUAGAGGACAUCUCCCCUAAGAGAUAAGAUGAAAAGGAUACAUCUUCUUUCUGUUACCUUGAGGUAGGGGAUGGGAGCAACCUUGGUCUCUACUUGGCUUAGGGUAUCUAAAGUAUAUUAAGCAGUCGCAGAACCUCCCCUACAUCCCCAAGAGCAGAGGGCAUCUUCCCUCAGGUCCAAGGUAAGGAAAUAUUCAACAAACUUAUGUUACUUAUGUCUAUAUUUAAUAUCAGGACCAUUUAGGUUUCUCUUUUCCUCUAAUGCAGUAGAAUAGAAUACAGAAGUUCUAUCCUUUCUUCUCUUUGACUAGAAACACUUAUAUAUUUGAGUUUUUAUUUGUAUACUACACGGUUCAGAAGAACCAUAAGUGAUUUUAACUUAUAUGGUAUAUUGAUGACAAUCAAUAAUUUGUCUAUUUUCUGUGCUCCCUAUGGGGUUUUAAUCAAUAUGCCACCCCUAGGGGGCAGCCAUCCAUGGUCUAAACCAGGUAGAGAAGGUGAAUGGAGUUGUAGAGCCACAUCUGCUAUCUAGAAUAUCAAAAGCUUCCUCCCCUUUCAUAAUGCCAACCUGUGCAAUAUUUGUCCAUGUCUACCAGUGCUGAUGUACUGGAGGACAAAUGAAUGGACCAGUAUUCUGACUGCAUUUCUGAUAAUAAUGAUCUACUUGUGCAGUUCAUGAACCUUUGACUUUGCUCUUGGUCUAGAAUCCUAUAUAGACCAAUCAGAUGUUUGCUCUUAAAUAACAGACCUGUGCGUGCUACCUGCUGGUUGCUUUCUAAUGAGGAUUACCAGAACUGGGGCUUUAAGAGUCUUUGGAUCUGGGGUAUAACCAAAGAAUUGCAAUCCUGAGGGCACUUCUUUCUUUUGUACCAUGUAAGGCUAAACUCUCUCCUGUAUGUUUGUUCUCCUAGGCAUGGGGUCAGCCCUUCAGUGUGCACACAGCUGGGUGCAGAAACACUAAAGUAUGCAUUUUCACCCCAAUAUCCAAUCUGAAUGUUGAUCCCAUGUCUGUCAGCGCACACACAUUCAGGCAGAGGUAGGCAGUAAGUUGCAUUCUCUCCACUGGUACAACCCUUUUACCAUUAGUGUAAACCAGUGAUCCCCAACCAGUGGCUCGGGACAACAUGUUGCUCCCCAACCCCUUGGAUGUUGCUCUCAGUGCCCCCAAACCAGGCAGUUAUUUUUGAAUUCCUGACUUGGGGGCAAGUUUUGAAUAAAAACAAGAUUUCCUACCAAAUAAAGCUCCCUGUAAGCUGAUAGGGUGCAUAGAGGCUGCCUAAUAGCCAAUCACAGCCCUUAUUUGGCACCUCCAUGAACUUUUAUGGGUUUGUGUUGCUCUCCAAGUCUUUUUACAUUUGACUGUGGAUCAAGAGUAAGAAAGGUUGGGGAUCCCCUGGCCUAAAGGUUCCAGCAGAACAAUAGUAAUAGAAAUAAGGGAGCGGCUGCCACCAGAGAGUAAUACAGGUGCACUGACUGCAACUCAGCACUCCUUGAUUCUGGAACCUGUUAGACAGCACUGCCCUAAGCCUGAAGCCCCUACAUGUGUCAGAAUACUUUAAUAAUUUUUUGGAAAAAUUGUAUUUAGUUAGUUUAUCUGAAAAACCUGGCCUGUUUGUAGAUCUGAGCUUGGAGACCUGCCCUAAUAUGAGCCCAGUACUGAUUAUACACAUGUCUUUUGGAGACACAUGUCUAUGCAAGCUGUGAGCGCUCUCUGCCCGCUAAGGGUUAAAUGUAAGUGUUGACUUAGCCAUAAGUUCCAUUACAGGCCACUCUCUCAGUGUUUUCUCAUGUACCUGCUGUAUUCUUUGUUCACAUGCCUUAAAGAUUUAUACUGAAAUAAAAGAUUAAAACCAAA